AUGGCGGCGGAGGCGAAGAAGCUGAAACCAGCAGCAGCAGAGCCCGACACCGACAGGCUCAGCGCCCUCCCGGAGGACAUCCUUCGCCACAUCCUGAUCGCCGCCGAUCUGGACCUAAAAACCACCGUCCAGACCUCCGUUCUGUCCCGCCGCUGGCGCCACCUCUGGCGAUCCGCCCUCCGCGAAAUCCGCCUCGAAACCCCGCGCCGCCGCGACGCCACCGUGAGAAACCGCCACCUAUUCACCGAUUUCGUCGACAACCUGCUGGCGGCUCGCGAGCCCCGAUCGGAGCUCGCACUCAUCUCCAUCACCGUCAACGACGCCUUCGACCCGAAGUACGACGACCUCUUGGGCCGGAUCUACGGGUCGGCCCACGGGGCCCGCGCCUUCCGGCAGACGAUCCGGGCCCGGCUCCGGACGAUCGUCGAAACGUUUCCCCACGGUUUCAUCCACCUCUGCCGGUCCCUCCAGGAUCUCGACCUCUCCCUCCUCAGUUUCGAUUUCGACGAGCUCUGCCUCCGGUCCUCCAACUUCGUGUGCCUCACUGCCCUCCGCCUCUACCGCUGCGAGAUUUUCGUCCCCCCGGCUCUCUAUGCGGCUGCCGCCGCCGGCGACGACUAUGAACCUUUCGCGGGGAUCCCCAAUUUGAAGAAGGUGGUGCUGAUCGACUGCGUUUUCGAGACGAAGAACGCGGUGAAGGUGUCGGGGGAGAAACUGGAGGAGAUCGGGAUCGAGUUCUGCUACGAGCCACAUCUGUUCGUGAUAAAGCUCUGCGCGCCCAAGGCCACGAAGCUGACGCUAGGAGGAGUGACUCUGAGUCGAUUCUCGGACGUGGAGCUGCCGUCGUUGGAGUUGCUGGACAUCGACGUCUGGGUGAGGCCGCGGCCGAAGACCGUGGCCGGCCGGGCGAGGCGCGCGCUGCAAGUGUCGUGGGAGCAGGAGUGGGAUGCGGGGUUGAGGUUUCUCUCUACGUUUGAGAAGUUCGGGAGGGCGAUGUGUGUUAAGCUGCGGCCCCGUGCUAUUGAGGGGCUGACCAUGGUUCCCGGUCUACUGGAAGGACUAGCUUCUCCGUUUAAGAGAAUAAAGUGGGUGGAAUUCUGUGGAUCUCUACCCUGCUGCAGAAGUGACUUCGUCUCUUUGAUUGGUUACUUCUUUAAUCAGUGCCUUAGCGGCGGAGCUCAUAUCUCCCAACAUUCUUUUGCUUCACAAGAACGCGGCGCUACCGAUCGACUGGUCCUUGUCCUCCGCAAAGACGGCGACGCUGAUUAA